AUACGAUGCUGCAUUUCAGUGCUUAUCAAGAGUCAAGAGUGAAUGUGUCGCCACUCAAAGCAGAAGCAUAAUAAAUAUUACAGACAAAGUCAUAAUUAUUGCAAACAGAAAAAGUGUGCAUUCUCUCGAUGAAGUACACGCAUGCAAAGAUUAAUUGGUGAAAUUCUCAGCAUUUUUUUUCAACAAUUUUUUCCAAAAUAAAAGCAAUGCUUGAGUGCUUCAUUGUAACCUUUGCCUUGGUGGGCAUACUCACCGCUGUGAUAUACACUUUUCUAGCGUGGAAUUUAAGCUAUUGGCAAAAGCGUGGUAUAAAGCAGGCAAAAUCUUACGCCCUCAUUGGUUCGUUUCCUAACAUAUUUUCACAAAAACAAAAUAUUGCCUAUGAUAUUGAUGAAAUUUACAGAGCUAACAAAAGUGAUGACAAUUUUAUUGGCGUUUUAAUGAUGCGUACCCCAAAGCUGCUUAUAUUAAACCCUGUGUGUGUGCAAAAAAUUUUGGUUAGCGAUUUUAAACAUUUUCACGACAACGAAAUGUCAAAAUCGGUGGAUGAAAAGAGUGACUUUAUCUUGGCCAACAACCCAUUUGUUUUAACUGGUGAGAAGUGGAAAGAGCGGAGAGUUGAAAUUGUGCCUGGAUUGACAGCGAAUAGAAUCAAAGUCGUCUAUUCAAUAACAACCGAUGUAUGUCACCGAUUGACCCAUUACAUUAGAGAGCAAAGUAAAAUGAGUUCCUCAACUGGCUUAGAUGCGGAUGAGCUCUGUCUACGUUACACUUCCGAGGUGGUCAGCGAAUGUGUACUGGGCAUCCGAGCGAAUAGUCUUAGCGAUGAAUCAACGCCAAUUUAUGCGAAUACGAAAAAAAUAUUCAGUCAUACCUACAUAUUUCGACUGUAUCAACUCAUUACCGGCUUUUUCCCAGCAGUGCAAAAUUUUUAUAAAAUGCGUUUUUUCCCCAAGGAUGUUGAGGAGUUUUUCAUCAAUUUAAUGCAGAAGACUAUAGAUUUGAGACGUAAGCAAAAUCUGGAUAGUGGUGACAUUAUUAAUUAUUUGCUGCAACUACAAGAGAAGAGAAAUUUGUCAACACCGGAACUUACGUCACAUGCCAUGACAUUUUUGACAGAUGGCUUUUUGACAACUGCAACAGCUAUCUCACAUUGUUUGUUGUUGCUGGCACGACACCAGAAUAUACAAAAUAUGUUACGUCAAGAGAUUACUAAAAAUUUAGAUGACAAGAGUAAUUUGAGCUUCGAGACACUCUCUGAGCUGCCUUACUUAGAUGCGUGCUUACAUGAGGCUCUCAGAAUUUUCUCACCUAUACUCUUCAACAAAAAGCUUUGUACAAGUCCUUGUGAACUUGUAAAUAAAGAUGGUAGCAUUUUGAAAGUGAGGACGAAUGAUAUCAUCAUGAUUCCCACACACUCAAUACAUCACGAUGAGAGUAUUUAUGAGGAGCCCGAGAAGUUCAAGCCAGAACGAUUUAUGCCAGAGAAUGGUGGCUUAAAAAGCUAUCGUGAGAGAGGCGCAUACUUAGCUUUCGGCGAUGGACCGCGUGUGUGUUUGGGUGUAAGAUUCGCCCUGACUCAGAGCAAAGCUGCUAUUGCUGAACUCAUAAGGAAUUUCAUAAUCAAACCAAAUCCAAAAACGCGCGCUGAUAACACUUUAAACAGGAAAAGCUUUUUCGGCAGUUUGGAAGGGGGUAUUUGGCUUGAUUUCGAGGCAAUCAAUUCAAAUUAAUGAGAAAUAUUGUGUCAACAUUUUCCUACUGGGUUGCUAAACAUAACCCCCUCCGCCAUUUUUCUCAAGGCCAUUAAUUUGUCAGUAAAAGCUCAUAUGUAUAAUGACAAUUGCUAUAGAAAUGACUGCCAGUAUUAAUUGCUGUCAUAUUAAGUGGAGCCAAGCAAACCCUAUCGCCGAUGCCGCCAUUGCCGCCUGCCACACGUCACAUGCCACGCAAGCCACAGUAGACAGACAGGCGACUGGAGCGCUGCCAUGGGCAAGCUUGGCAGGCUUAUGUGUGGGCUUUUAAAUAGCUGAUGAAAAUCCUUAUUACGCGAUAAAAUACAAAUUAUUCUUUUGUUAUUUUCCUAUGUGUAAAGGAAUUAUAAGAACAGCGUGAUAUCAGGACAGCGGGAUAAUGAUGUGUGAAAUGUAUGGCCAAUUUUUUAAUUUUAUUGUAUUGACGUGAGUACAUGCAUAGAUAUAAAUGAAAGAAUUAACUAGG